UAAGAUAUCGGAGAUGGCUAAAUCUCAAUUUAGCUGCGCAACCUUCUUUGCCCUGCUCAUCUGCUUCCUCCUCCUCGUACCAAAUAAGAUGCCAAUGGCUGAAGCUAAAUUUUGCAAGAGGCCUGCCGAGCACUAUUCAGGGACAUGUUACCCUAACCGGUGCUACAGUUAUUGCAAAUCUAAAGAGCAUGCUUACUCCGGAGAAUGUAUUUGGACUGGCAAUGGUCAUCAUCGUCAUUAUGCUUGCUACUGUGUCUACAAUUGUUGAAAGCCUACUAUUUGCUACAAUUUGCACCGUACUUUGUAAUGAAAUAAAGGCCAACAAUUCACUAGAAUUGCAUAUGUGCCGGCAAUAGUUGUUGUUCCUAUGUCAGUCAGUUGCCAAUAAC